AUGUGGUCGGGUGUUGUGGGGAAAUGGAGGUGGGCUGGCUGAGGUGGCGGUCCCGAGGGAUUAUGGGUUUAGAUCAAAUAAGAGAAGGCUGCUUAUUGGUAGACGAUGCGUUAAGGUGCGACGCAUCCUGAUGCUCUUGACGUCUUCCUCGAAGACACAUUUUUACUAGUUAACGAUGCUCUGGCAAGGGCGGCUCGCCUGUAGAUUCGCUCCCUGAUUUUUUUCCGUUUGAAAGGUAGCCUACGCGGCGUGUUAACACAUACCGCGCCGCUAAAGGCAAACCGGUCCGGGAAUCCGAGCAGGCAGUCAGUACCCAGCACAGGUUAAGAUCUCCCAUCUCCGUGCCCUCCUGUCUCUGAAUUGGCACUCCAAAAUCAGCGGCUGUUUGUUGUCCGCCCACCUUUUCGCCUUGUACUUGUGUUUUUCUUCCCCCGGAGAUAGCGCGCCUGGAACGCUUUGGAGGGUUACUUUCCUAGCGCAGUAACAUCUGGAACCAGUCAGGGAGUCUGUAGGGAAGGGGGGGCUUGGUCGUCACCCCCUCUCCCCCCACCUCUCUCGCUCGCUCCCUCUCUCUCUCUCCCUCGCCUUUCCAGACACAAGCACUGCAGAGAGAAGCGCACGGAUCUGCUCUAUCCCUUCGGCUCCCACUUCGCGCUUUACAGACUGGAACGGACUCAAUUCAUAUCUCCCGAAGAAGCACGAUGGUCUUGCGAAUCUUUUUGGGUGACUCCGAAGGAAGCGGCAAAAAACUGAAGAUGUAUUUUGUGUGAGAUCAGAUCUGGAAUGUACAAAUGUUAAAGAUUUUUGUGGGGCCGUUAAAAUCUUGAACCCUUUUUACGUCCAGUGCCAAUGUCCAGUUCUCGCUCUUUGGUUUAGCUGUUGCGUUUCUGAGAUUUCUGGGCAAUUUGACCGUUUUUGAUGAUCACUAACAGCAAGUGGUGCUGGUCUCGUGUUUCUGAGACAGGGCCCGGAUGUUCCGAGGAUGCACUGGUUCGUUUUCUUAGGUGGUUCCAGCGAAUAUCUCUUUCUGUUUUUUAACUCCAUAAUGGGGAUCAGGUAAUAUUAACUUUUAGCGCAAAAGAAGGAAUAUAUCAAGCUGUCGGUUGCUUGUUUUCUUUUUUCUUUGAUUUUUUUGUCCCUCCUUUGGUUGUUGCCAUCUACCCCUCCUCUUUCCAUCUUCUCCAUUCACCUACGGAUAACGCUGGACCACAUCUAUGGUAAAUGAAAGCAAAAACAUGUAUUUGCCGGAGGACACCCUUGAGAACCAUCAAGGCUCCAACUACACCAGCCCGCCGCUGGCUCCGGCGGUGAGCGACAGCGCGGGGGGUGUCAGCAGCGGUGGCGGCGUGGGUGGCAUGGCGGGGGGAGGGGGAGGAGGGGUCGGAGGGGUGGUGGUGGGCAGGGCCGUGGUGGGCCUGGCGGCCGAGCACGUGCCCACGCCCCAGGCCCCGCUCAGCUGGCAGGCGGCCAUCGACGCGGCGCGGCAGGCCAAGCUCAUGGGCUCCUCGGGGCCGCCCAUCUCCACCACCAGCUCCACACAGCAGCGGCGCCGCCAGCACUACGUCCACAAGCCCAAGAAGCCCACCUGCACAGCCGCCACCCGCCCGCCGCGCGCCCUACUCUGCCUCACCCUCAAGAACCCCAUACGCCGGGCCUGCAUCAGCAUCGUCGAGUGGAAACCCUUUGAGAUCAUCAUUCUGAUGACCAUCUUUGCUAACUGUGUGGCCUUAGCUGUGUACAUCCCCUUCCCCGAGGACGACUCCAACGCCACCAACUCCAACCUGGAACGUGUGGAGUAUCUCUUCCUCAUCAUCUUCACGGUAGAGGCGUUUCUGAAGGUGAUUGCCUACGGCCUCCUCUGCCAUCCCAACGCCUACCUACGCAACGGAUGGAACUUGCUGGAUUUCAUCAUCGUGGUCGUAGGCUUGUUCAGUGCGAUCCUGGAGCAGGCGACCAAGGGGGACGGGGCCACUCCUAUAGGGGGGAAGGCGGCGGGUUUCGACGUCAAAGCUCUGCGCGCCUUCAGAGUGCUGCGGCCGCUCCGGCUGGUGUCAGGAGUGCCAAGUCUACAGGUGGUGCUGAACUCCAUCAUCAAAGCCAUGGUGCCUCUGCUGCACAUCGCCCUGUUGGUGUUGUUCGUCAUCAUCAUCUACGCAAUCAUCGGCCUGGAGCUCUUCAUGGGCAAGAUGCAUCGCACCUGCUACUACGUACUCAAAGACGGAAGCAAGGGGCCAUUGUCGGAAGACAAGUCGGCCCCCUGCGUUCCGAAUGACAUGGCCCACGGCCGCCACUGUUACCCGACCAACGUGACGCAGUGCUACGGAGACUGGGAGGGGCCAAACGAGGGCAUCACCAACUUUGACAACUUUGCCUUCGCCAUGCUGACCGUGUUCCAGUGCAUCACCAUGGAGGGAUGGACGGAAGUGUUGUACUGGAUGCAGGACGCUAUGGGCUAUGAGCUGCCCUGGGUCUACUUUGUCUCUCUGGUCAUCUUUGGAUCCUUCUUUGUUCUCAAUCUGGUUCUGGGAGUCUUGAGCGGAGAGUUCUCCAAGGAGCGAGAGAAGGCGAAGGCGCGUGGGGACUUCCAGAAGCUGCGAGAGAAGCAGCAGCUGGAGGAGGACCUGAAGGGCUACCUGGACUGGAUCACGCAGGCCGAGGACAUCGACCCCGACAACGAGGAGGAGGGGCUCGACGAGGAGAAGCCACGCAACCUGAGUAUGCCGGCAGGUGAGAGUGAGUCAGUGAACACGGAAAAUCCCCCCACCGGUGACAUGGAGGGGGAGACCUGCUGUACACGACUAGCAACUAGGAUCUCCAAAUCCAAGUUCAGUCGCUACUCUCGGCGCUGGAACCGCUUGUGUCGCAGGAAGAGCAGAGCGGCGGUCAAGUCCACCGUCUUCUACUGGCUGGUCAUCUUCCUGGUGUUCCUCAACACACUCACCAUCGCUUCCGAACACCACCGGCAGGAUGAGUGGCUCACCGAGGUGCAAGACGUAGCCAACAAGGUUCUCCUGGCGCUCUUCACGGGGGAGAUGUUUGUGAAGAUGUACAGCCUGGGCCUGCAGGCCUACUUCGUGUCGCUCUUCAACCGCUUCGACAGCUUCGUGGUGUGCGGCGGCAUCCUGGAGACCAUCCUGGUGGAGACUAAGAUCAUGUCCCCGCUCGGCAUCUCCGUGCUGCGCUGCGUACGCCUGCUGCGCAUCUUCAAGAUCACACGGUACUGGAACUCGCUGUCUAAUCUGGUGGCGUCUCUGCUGAACUCGGUGCGUUCCAUCGCCUCCCUGCUGCUCCUGCUCUUCCUCUUCAUCAUCAUCUUCUCGCUGCUCGGCAUGCAGCUCUUCGGCGGCAAGUUCAACUUCGACGAGACGCGCCGCAGCACCUUUGACAACUUCCCCCAGUCCCUGCUCACCGUCUUCCAGAUUCUAACCGGAGAGGACUGGAACUCGGUGAUGUAUGACGGCAUCAUGGCGUACGGUGGGCCCUCCUUCCCCGGCAUGCUGGUCUGCAUCUACUUCAUCAUCCUCUUCAUCUGCGGAAACUAUAUCCUGCUGAACGUCUUCUUGGCCAUCGCUGUGGACAACCUGGCGGACGCGGAGAGCCUGACCUCGGCCCAGAAGGAGGAGGAGGAGGAGAAGGAGAGGAAGAAGCUGGCCAGGACGAUCAGCCCGGAGAAGAAGCAUGAGAAUGAGAAGCCCCCCCUGGAGGAGGAGAAGAUGGAGGAGAAGAUCGAACUGAAGUCCAUCACGUCCGACGGAGACACUCCCACUGGCACUAAAAUCCACAUUGAGGAGUACGAGUGCGAGGAGAACGAGGAGAAGAACCCCUACCCGGCCAAUGAUCUGACAGGUACCGAAGUACCAGUGCUGAAACGUGAUGAUGAGGAUGAGGAGCCGGAGAUGCCGGUAGGUCCUCGGCCACGCCCCCUGUCUGACCUGCAGAUGAAGGAGAAGGCUGUUCCCAUGCCGGAGGCCCGAGCCUUCUUCGUCUUCAGUAACACCAACAAGUUCCGUGUGCUGUGCCAUAAGAUCGUCAACCACAACAUCUUCACCAACCUCAUCCUGUUCUUCAUCCUGCUCAGCAGCAUCUCGCUGGCCGCUGAGGACCCCGUCACCACAGAGUCCGACAGGAACAGGAUUUUGGGCUAUGCAGAUUAUGUCUUCACGGGCAUCUUCACAAUAGAGAUCAUUUUAAAGAUGACAGCGUACGGGGCCUUCCUCCAUAAGGGCUCCUUCUGCCGUAACUACUUUAACAUCCUGGACUUGGUGGUGGUCAGUGUGUCGCUCAUCUCCUCUUGGAUCCAGUCGAGUGCCAUUAACGUGGUGAAGAUUCUGAGAGUGUUAAGGGUCCUCAGGCCCCUAAGAGCCAUCAACAGGGCCAAGGGCCUUAAGCACGUGGUCCAGUGUGUGUUUGUAGCAAUCCGCACCAUUGGGAAUAUCGUUAUCGUCACCACACUCUUGCAGUUCAUGUUCGCCUGCAUAGGAGUGCAGCUCUUCAAGGGGAAGUUUUAUACUUGCACAGACAACUCCAAACAGACUCAGGCCGAUUGCAGGGGCUCCUUCAUCCUGUAUAAGGACGGUAAUGUGGGGAAGCCACAGAGGGAGCGACGCAUGUGGGAGAACAGCGCCUUCAACUUCGAUGACGUCCUGCAGGGCAUGAUGGCGCUGUUCGCCGUCUCCACCUUUGAGGGCUGGCCAGGGCUAUUGUACAAGGCCAUUGACUCGCACGCAGAGGACGUGGGUCCCAUCUACAACUACCGCGUCAUCAUCUCCAUCUUCUUCAUCAUCUACAUCAUCAUCAUCGCCUUCUUCAUGAUGAACAUCUUCGUGGGUUUCGUCAUUGUGACGUUCCAGGAGCAGGGCGAGCAGGAGUACAAGAACUGUGAGCUGGACAAGAACCAGCGUCAAUGUGUGGAGUACGCUCUGAAGGCGCGCCCGUUGCGCCGCUACAUCCCUAAGAACCCCUACCAGUACAAGGUGUGGUACGUGGUCAACUCCAGCUACUUUGAGUAUCUGAUGUUCACACUCAUCCUGCUCAACACCAUCUGCCUGGCCAUGCAGCAUCAUGGCCAGCUGCCGGCGUUUAACAAAGCCAUGAACAUCCUCAACAUGCUCUUCACUGGACUCUUCACCGUCGAGAUGAUCCUCAAACUCAUCGCGUUCAAGCCUCGAGGGUACUUUAGUGAUCCCUGGAAUGUUUUUGACUUCCUCAUCGUAAUUGGCAGCAUAAUAGACGUCAUUCUGAGUGAAAUCAACCCGACUGCAGAGUCAUCCCACCACUCCACCGUGGUAAGACCUAUGGGACUCCAAAACUCUGAAGAUAACGCCAGGAUCUCCAUCACCUUCUUCCGGCUCUUCCGAGUGAUGCGAUUGGUCAAGCUGCUGAGUCGAGGGGAGGGGAUUCGGACCCUGCUGUGGACCUUCAUCAAGUCCUUCCAAGCCCUCCCCUAUGUAGCACUGCUUAUAGUGAUGCUGUUCUUCAUCUAUGCGGUCAUCGGGAUGCAGAUGUUUGGUAAAAUAGCUUUGAGGGACAACACAGAAAUCAACCGCAACAACAACUUCCAGACCUUCCCACAGGCCGUGCUUCUGCUCUUCAGGUGUGCGACAGGGGAGGCGUGGCAGGAGAUCAUGCUGGCCUGCGCCCCCAAGAAGCCGUGUGAGAAGGAGUCCGAGGGGCCCGACUGCGGCAGCCAGUUCGCCAUCAUAUACUUUGUCAGCUUCUACAUGCUCUGUGCCUUCUUGAUUAUCAACCUGUUUGUGGCUGUGAUCAUGGACAACUUUGACUAUCUGACGCGUGAUUGGUCCAUCCUGGGGCCACAUCACCUGGACGAGUUCAAGCGGAUCUGGGCGGAGUAUGACCCCGAGGCCAAGGGCCGCAUAAAGCAUCUGGAUGUGGUGACACUGCUGAGGCGGAUACAGCCCCCUCUGGGCUUUGGGAAGCUCUGCCCUCACAGAGUGGCCUGCAAGCGCCUGGUGUCCAUGAACAUGCCUCUCAACAGCGAUGGCACAGUCAUGUUCAACGCCACCCUGUUUGCCCUGGUGCGCACCGCACUACGCAUCAAGACAGAAGGCAACUUGGAGCAGGCCAAUGAGGAGCUGCGUGCCAUAGUGAAGAAGAUCUGGAAGAGGACCAGCAUGAAGCUACUGGACCAGGUGGUGCCCCCUGCAGGAGAUGACGAGGUGACGGUGGGUAAGUUCUACGCCACCUUCCUGAUCCAGGAGUACUUCCGCAAGUUCAAGAAGAGGAAGGAGCAGGGCCUGGUGGCCAAGGUCCCGCCCAAAACAGCACUGUCUCUGCAGGCGGGCCUGCGGACUCUGCAUGACAUGGGCCCGGAGAUUCGGCGUGCCAUCUCGGGCGACCUGACCGUGGAGGAGGAGCUGGAGAAAGCCAUGAAGGAGACGGUGUGCGCUGCCUCCGACGAUGACAUCUUCAGGAGGUCGGGCGGCCUGUUUGGCAACCACGUGAACUACUACCACCAGGCGGACGGCCGCAACACCUUCCCGCAGUCCUUCGCCACGCAGCGGCCGCUGCACAUCAGCAAGUCGGGGAGCCCGGGCGGCGGCGACGCAGAGUCCCCCUCGCACGAGAAGCUGGUGGACUCCACCACCUUCACGCCCAGCAGCUACUCCUCCUCCGGCUCCAACGCCAACAUCAACAACGCCAACAACACCGCCAUAGGCCCACCAGGGGCCACUACCAGUGGGCAGGAGCAGGACCCCCACAGCCCAUCCAUCAGCACCGUGGACGGGCACCACGCCGGCCAGCAGCCCCUCACACCCAUCCUGCUGCCACGCUCCGCAUGGUGCUUCCCCCCCAAGAGCUCGGAUUCCAGCGAUAGUCGCUUGCCCAUCAUCCGAAGGGAGGAGGACUCCACUGACGAGACGUACGAUGAGACAGACUACUCCGAACAGGGCAUCAUAUCCCCUCACAUGCUGGAGUGUGAGGAUGAGGAGAGUAAACAGUUGGCCCCAAUGGACGAUGACGAAGAUGCAGAGGAGAGAAGACCCUGGCAGUCACCACGAAGAGCCUUCCUCUGUCCCACCACGCUGGGUCGAAGGUCAUCGUUCCACUUAGAGUGUCUGAGGAGACACACGAGAGGAGACAUCUCGCAAAAGACAGCACUACCCCUCCACCUGGUCCAUCAUCAGGCCCUGGCAGUGGCAGGUCUGAGCCCCCUGCUGCGGCGGAGUCACUCCCCGACCCUCUUCACGCGCCUCUGCUCCACCCCGCCGGCGAGCCCCGGAGCCGCAUUAGGAGUCGGCGGAGGAGGAGGAGGGGGAGGGGAGUGCGGACACGGCGGAGGAGGCGGUGUCAUGCAGCAGGGGUGGCCGGGGGUACCCGCCCUGCAUCUGGAGGGCAGCAGCAGCUCCUACGAGAAGCUGAACAGCAGCCUGCCCUCGGUCAACUGCGGCCCCUGGUACAGCGACUCCAACGGGAACGGCGGCGGAGGUGGUGGGUCCCGGGCGAGGCCGCCACGACCUGUCUCGCUCACAGUGCCCACCCUACUGGGCAAGGACCCCAGCGCGCUCACACACGGCAGUGCCGGCAGCCUGGUGGAGGCCGUGUUAAUCUCGGAGGGCCUGGGCCGCUUCGCGCAGGACCCGUCCUUCAUCGAGGUGACGAAGCAGGAGCUGGCGGACGCGUGCGACAUGACCAUGGAGGAGAUGGAGAGCGCCGCCGACAACAUCCUCAACGGCAACACGCAGCCCAGCGCCAACGGCAACCUGCUCUCCUUCAUCCAGCACUCCGACCCCGACGGCGCCUCGCUCACCCCGCCCGAGAGCCCCGACGCUGGGGAGCACCAGGAGCUGCUGGGGGGUGUCUGUGGUGGCGGAGACGAAAACCUGGAGCUGGAUCUGGACGAGGCGGAACUGGAUCUGGACCUGGGGCUGGAGGACCUGGCAGCGUUGGGGCUGGGACUGGGGCUGACGGGAGGGGGCGCUGAGGGGGGCGUGGUGGCGGGUGCAGGGGGCAGCCAGAGGAACAGUGCCCUGCUGGAAGACGAGGACUUGGAGUGUGUGACCAGCUUGUAGGGAUGGCGUGCGUGUUUGUUUGUGUGUGUGUGAGAGAGGGGGGGGGAGAGAGGAGGAAAGGAAAGGGGGAAUAGAGUGAGAGAGAGAAGGAGAAAGAGAGAGAAAGACUGGCCUUUGGGGAUGGAGUGUGUUUUUUUGGGUCGGCUGGGUCGGGGUUAGGCAGCUGCACAGAAGUCUGCCACCCCCAACGCCUACACGCACGCACCCCCCACACCCCCCUAAGGCACCACCCCACCUCGCAAUCUUCCUUUUUUCUGAUAGGCUGGACCUGACUCUGGCGCAGCCAAUAGGACAAACUCUUAGUUAAUAAAAAUGAAGACAAAUGAUAACAUAUUUAUUUUAGGGUUACUAUGCCAACAAGUAAGUUAGUGGGAAUGAGGACUUUCAUUUUCUCUAUUGUAAGUGUGUCUGCGUGAGGAUGUCUACAUGUGUGUGGGUGUGUGUGUGUGCGUGUGUGUGAGUGCGCAUGAGUGCUCAUGUGUGCGAGUAUGUAUGCGUGUCUCUGAAGUGCCUCACAGUUCUUACUCCCUGCAGACAAUGGAUGUUGAAAUUGGGAAAGCAAAAAAAGAGAAAAGAAACAGAGCCUGCCCACCAAUACAUUGGAGGAGUGGAGACAUGUGUGUGACUGUAUGUGUGUGUGUGUGUGUGUGUGUGUGUGUGUGUGUGUGUGUGUGUGCAUGUGCGUGUGUGUGUGCGUGUGCGUGUGUGUGUGUCAGUCUGUCUGUCAGAUGUGCUGGUCACCUGGGAGCUUGUGACGUGGUUGCCAUGGUAGCCUCAGGAAGCUUUGUUGUUGUUUUUUUCCCCCCGCUGCUUCCUGCUGAGCGUGCUGCCAACUCGAUCCAGCAGGGGGAGCAGUGGACACAGGCACGCCACUACGGGCCCAGCAGCAGCAGCAGCAGCAGCAGCCCCACACCACUAGGGGGUGCUCCAGAUACCAGUGUGCGUCUCCUAUAUAAAAAAGCCGGACCUCAGGAGGUGAAGAAGACUGAGGUGUGUCUAGAUGGGCCCUUCACCCAGACGAAUGAGCAUCGACCCCACCACUGGUCACACCAACGUCAACAUCACGUCACGUCACCUGACCCCACCCACCCUCUUUACGUCUCACACUCUGGCCUGCAGGGACACAUCCAGGGUGGCGCCAGCCUCUCCUUUUCCAUUAGCUCGGCCAUCCAUAUAUCCAUCCCCCUAAACCUUAACACACACCACUUUCCUGUCUGUCAUUUCUGGAGCUGUUGCACCUCUCCCCCCCACCACCACUAACCCUGUUGGCGUGUACUUCUGCCCCCUCUCUUCCUCAUUCUCCACUGUGGAGAAGGUGGUUUAUGGGAGAAUGACACCCCCUCCCCAACACACACCUUAAACAAUACCUCUGGCCCCACCUGCUUGUAAGUCCACAGCGUCUCAAGACAUUUGGUCCCCUCUCCUGCCAGCGUGGGGGUUGUAGGUGGUUGUGUGAGGAGGUUAUAAGUUCCUGAGCAACACCACCGAUUGCCACCACCUCACCUCACCCCUCCUCCAACUCCACCCUUCUGGACUCUGAACUUUGGCUUUAGGUUGCUCUCUUGACGAAGGUUUAGUUUCCUCCGGUUAGACUCAUAGGGCUUUUAAUUUUUCGACUUGCUUUAAGGUAGUGAUGGAGGUUUUAUUUUGGUUUGGCUUUCAGUAGUUAGGGAGGUUUGCGAGGUGAAACGUGUCCCUUCUGUGGAUGCCUAGAGACUCUUGUGUCAGAUGCUACUUUAUUUAUUUAUUUAUUUCUCCCUGACACAAAGUAGUGCGUGUGUGCGUGCGUGUGUGUGUGUUUGUGCGUGUGUGCGAGCAAGUGAGUGAGCGAGCGAGCGUGCGUGCGUGUGUGGUUCAAUCCCAUGCCUCAGAGAGUUACCCAGGGUAGCAGAGGUAUGCUAUUACUCACACUCUAGAGAGGCAAUGCUGAGCAUCUCACUUACAGACUGUGUGUGUGUGUGUGUGUGUGUGUGUGUGUGUGUGUGUGUGUGUGUGUGUGUGUGUGUGUGUGUGUGUGUGUGUGUGUGUGUGUGUGUGUGUGUGUGUGUGUGUGUGUGUGUGUGUGUGUGUGUGUGUAUGGGGGAAGGGGGGAGAUGCGAUACAGUGGGUCUCACUGACAGGCUUGCUUCCAAGGCUUCUUGUCCUAAUUGCUGCUCUGGUGUUCCCGAUUGUCAUUGAGAAUAAUGGACUACUGAUACUAUAAUGUUUUGUUUUUGUUUGUUUUUGUUUUUUUAAUCAUUUAUGGGAUCCUUAUGCUAAUUUUCAACCUUCUAGUGUUUUAUUACGUAUUGCUUAACUAGGUCACAGCCUGGCAGAUCUCUAAUGUUAUGGGGGGUAUUUCAAGAAUCUGGUUCAGUUGAAAACCAGGUUAGGUUAGCCUGGAGGAAGUGGUAAAUCAGCUAAUUUAAGGGCCUGGGAUAUUCAUUUUCUUAACUAAAUGAGACCUGCAGGCUAUCUAUCUCUUAGCAGGUUUACAACUUUCUGUAGGUUGCAUUAACCAAGUCUAUCUCUUAACAAUGUUCGUGGAGUACCCCCCGAGUGUGCGCUGUGGCUACCCCCUAAUGAGGAAGAUGCUAAACCACUCCCACGUUGUCAAGGUGACACACUACGUAAACGCGGCACACUCAUGUUGAGGCGUUGCCAAGGUAGCGCCACACCCAUCCUGCCAUAGCUUCGCCCCCAAGACAUCCACAAGAAAACAAUGCAUUCUGGGGUUGAAAAGGAAGAAGAAGGGUUUCCGGGGCAACAGCUUAUUCAAAGAACAUUCUUCAGGGAUGCGAAGCGGGGCAGGGUGCAACCACUCAGCCGGAAAGGGUGGGCGGGCUUUGUUCAGAAGAGUGCUUCAUUUAUGAGACACUUUCUAAUGUAGUUCACAGGGCUAACAACAUCAUUCUCACAAAGCAUGUCAUUACUAUUAUGAUUAUGAUUAUUAUUAUUAUUAUUAUGAAUCUCUCUGUUCAUAUGGGGUUGCCAGGUUGUGUUGCCCAGCCCCUGUAUGCGUUCAACAACCCUGCCAUGUUCCACUACCACAGCCUCACGAAGACGUAACAGUCAAUUAUGCAAAUACGGUGUUCCAGUGUUCAACGCGCCAUGCUGCUGCGUCGACACAGCCACAUGGCGUGAUGAUGUGUGUUAUAGGGAUGAAGACAGUACAGUACCCGUUUGUCCGUACAGCGCACCAGAUGUUAAGUCACCUACAAAUUGUGUUUCAUUUUUCACAAAUUUGUCAGCUGAUCGGCAGGUGAGGUAGUGUUGGUUCACCUGUUUGAGAACACUGGACAGGACAGCAGGGCAGUUCCACAGGACUGCUUCGUAUUCCAUGUUCCACGUUCCGUCGACAGCUGUUUUGUGCCCAGGGCUAGCUGACAUACACGUUCAGUUAGGUGUUUAUUGGUGACAUUAUCACAAAUGAUCCCCUGUGUCAUACACACACAUUCACACACACACACACACAUACCCACACCUACACACACACACCUAUACAUACUCCCAUUGUCCAUGAUCUGUUUGCUUCUGAAGGGUCUCACUGUUUGUUUAGAAGUCCAAUAAAGAGUCUUCUCUGUCAUGUGCAAGUGUUUGGCUACAAAGCCCUGUGUUCUUGCUCUGGCUUCAGUCCAGUGCCCACUUAGGGACUUCGCUGGUUUACACGCUCUCCAAAGGGGUUGUGUGCAUGUGUGUGCGUGCAUGUGUACGUAUGAGUGUGUGUGUGUGUUUGUGUGGGUGCGUGUGUGUCUAUACGUGUGUUUGUGUGUGUGUGUGUGUGUGUGUGUGUGUGUGUGGGUGCGUGUGUGUCUGUAUAUGUGUAUGUCUGUGUCUGUGUGUGUACAUGUGAAGGUUUCCAUUGUGUUGUCCCUCCACUCUCCAAAAGCAAGAGUGUCGGCCAUGUAGCUUGUGCUGCUCCUGUGUGCGCCCCAACCCCCCACCCCACUUCAGUUUUUACUUCACACUUAUGCUGUUUAUUUGCCAUUUGCCUGUGGCACAAGUGUGUGUGAUGAGUAUGUUUCUUUGCGCAGGCACGUGUGUAAGAAUAACCUGAAAUCAUUGUGUGUGUGUGUGUGUGUGUGUGUGUGUGUGUGUGUGUGUGUGUGUGUGUGUGUGUGUGUGUGUGUGUGUGUGUGUGUGUGUGUGUGUGUGUGUGUGUGUGUGUGUGUGUAUUUAGCACAUGCAGGGUUUCCUUUGUGAGUGAGUGGAUGCAUAGCCGCAUACCACAAGAUAUGCAAAAACAAUGCAAUAACAACUCUGACUGUAAACAGAAUCAUGAAGAAUUAUAGCUGUUCAAAUAUUCUUAAAAAGAGAAAAAGUACCAGAGAUAAUAUAUUCAGAAGUAUUAGUAUUGUAAUUGUUAUACUUGAAUUCAGGUGCAUUCAGUAUUUAAAGUAUGUAUCAUUGUGCCAGGCCAUAUAGAGACAAAUAGUCCCACCGCCUUUCACCUCACUUUCUGAUUUCAGAAGUAUUUUUUCCUUUUUUUUCUUUGACAUUUUGAACAUAUUUUUCUAGAAUUCUAAGCCUUUUUCUUUUCUUUCUUUCUGUUUCUUUUUUUUGUCUAACCAGCGAUGGCAAAGUGAUUUUAUUCUGAGUGGGGGAAAAAAACCUGAGGAUACACGAAAACAAGUUUAACAUUUGUUUUGUUUGGGGUUUUUUUUGUUUUUUUGCUGGCAUAUUUUCUUGACAUCAUUUAUUUAUUUUAUACUGUAGUUAAUGAGAAAGAUGGUAAAAGACUUAACAUCAACUGGUAAGAAUGCAUUUUACAUAAUGCCAAAGGACAAAAUGAAUGGGGGAAAAAUGACUUCCUAAACCAGAAAUGGACGGCAAAAGGGGUGGGGUUCUUCAUCUCUAUAUCAGCUCUCUUGUUCAAGACCACUAGUUCUCUCUAUUCUGAUUUAUAGUUGUACAUGCUUGCAUGGAUUCAUUUGACCACCUCAGUGAGCCAAGUUUUGAUGUUCUGUUUUGUUUUGAUUUCUCUCUUCCUUUUGUUCUUUCGUUCUAUCUUUCUUUCUUCUCUUCUUCCUUUCUUUAGUUGAUUUCUCCAGACGAGGGAGGAAAAUGUGUAAUGAGAUUGAGGAUAGUUGUUUUAUUUUUUUAAUCAAAGUUGUAAAUAAUAAUCAAGAUCUAUAAGUAUUGCAGUUGUCAGGCUGAAGGAGAGGGCAGACGGUGUUGGAAUGAUUUUGCAUAUCUUGCGCACAUUCAGCUCCUGAAGGCAGCACGCUUCGUUCAAAAAACAUAUCUGAUGGAUCAGAUAUUUUCUGUUUUGAAUUGUGACCCCUCAAGGUUGCUUUCUUUAUUUCUUUCUUUCUUUUUUAUCAAUCGUUUUCCCUUUUUGCUUAUUUUCCUAGAACAGAUGGGUUAUACUGAGCAACAGACUUUAUAUGUAUUGUUAGUGAAAAAUGGACCAACAGUUCUCUCAGAUUUACACCACACACGCAUACACACACAACCUACAAUACACAUGCACACACUUACCGUCGGUGAUCAUUGUUUGAUUGUGGAUUGAGUCACUCUGUUGAGCUUUACUGCCUUGGUGUGUGUUUGCUUUUUUAAAGGAGGCAGUAGCCUAUGGCUCUGUUGCCAUGCAUUUUAUGGCUGCUAACCAUGAUGACUUUGCUUCUUGAGUUUAAUGAAGACAUUUGGCUGGACUUCUUUGAAACUGGCACAUCACUCACAUUAGGUGUGUGUGCGAGAAUUAGUCACACAUUACUCACACUCACUAGGCUGUGGGUGAGAAUUUGUGUUGUUUUCAUGGACAUGUGUCUGGUGUGCCGGUUAGCUCGGGAGCAGUGCACUUUGGGAUACCUUGUGAGGUUUAGUGCAGGUGUAGAGCAUUCUGGGUAUCGGACGGCUUGUGUGUCUCCGGACGAGUUGUGUCGGCAAUCUGGUUUUAGCUCCGCCCAGUCGAUCAUCAAUUUAAGAUCACAGGCAUGCCCCAAAAAUUGAAGCGGUCCACUGACUCGGUGCCUGCAUAUUUUUUUAUACCGCACACGUAUAUAUAAAUGAAAUCUAUAUAUCCCUAUAUAAGUCUAGGAUGGUUAAUGAAUGUCAGACUUAAGAUGCGCCUUUAGAAUGUGUAUAGUGUUUUUGUACAGAUAGCAGUUCAUGUGUUCUCUGUCUCUAGGGCUCCUGAAGAAACGAUGUGCCAUAAGUAACACUCCUCUUCCAACAGCGGCCCCUGGUGGCCGACACUGGCCAGUUUGCAUGGAUGGAUUGAGGAAGACGAUUUACCAAGCAGACCCGGUGAUGAGCGGGAGCUGUUUUUCUUUUUUAAAAGGAGGUUUUCGGGUAAAAUAUACUCAACUAAACUAUACUCAACUGUGGUGGAGAGAGGGUGUUUCGAAUAGGUGCUGCAGUGGGCACUGUCUCGAUCUUGUCUGAGGAAGAGGAUGGCAGACGUUAGAGGGUAGGUAGCUGUUGACACAAGUGUUCAUGUAGGCAUGGUGAAGGUUUUUGUCACUCCUUGUAUUGCUUAUAUACUAAGGCCAGGGGCAGAGCUAUAAUAGGAGCGAGCAGGGCAUUUGCCCCUGGGCCCUCCCAUAUUGGUGGCGGGGGGCCUAUUAUUACUUUGUCAGGCCCUAUCAGUGUUUUGUACAAUUGUUCCACCUCUGACUAAUAACCCCCAAGCUGCUGACUAGCCUGCCCCAAACACAAAACACAAGCACCAAAUCUGCCCCAACAUACUCUAUGUAUGUACGUAGUAGCCUGCAAGUGGACACGAGCAGCAAAAGGUCUUAUGUCUGCUUUCUGUCUGAGUCUCUCUCCUAGCUAGUGGGAAUGUGAACAGAAUGCCUUGUUAGCCGAGGGAAGCCUAGGUAUGAUCUUUUUUCAUGUGACGUCAGACAUCUUUGAUUCAAUGCAUUUGAAGCAGUACAAGUAGCAUCUAGUGCCAUAGACAUUCAAUUUAAACCCCUCUAUUUUCUAUGGAGACCGGCAUUCGUUUUUCUUGCUUCACUUCAAAAUACGACUUGUUUGAUGGAAUUGCGGGGGAAAAAGACUAACAGCAUGUUAGCACCACACACUCAGCGCAUCAGGAGUGUGAUCCAAUAGGCUUUACUUCUAGAUUGAUCAGGAUUAGGUGGUAGUAAAGAGAUAGAGAGAUAUUUUAAUGGAAAGUAUUUUGAUGUAGAUUUUAUUUUUGUCCAUGUUUGCAUCGCUUCCUCAAGCUAAGCUUUACAGAGUAUUUGACCUGAAAGCGGGACAGGAGGGUAUAAGAAAGGACAGCAUAAUAAUCUAUAUUUUAUAAUGAUAUUGUUAUACAUGCAGAUAUAUGACUAUAUAAAUAUAAAAUUAUAUCAAUAUGUCUCUGGGGGGGAAUGGUAGCUUAAAGGUCAAUCAAUGUUAGCAGUCUGAUUUUUGCCCCGUACACAAGCGGUUGAUGCUGGUAAGAUGUGACUUUUUUUAGAUUAUUUAUGCAAGCAUAAUUUCUGCAUGCAGUAUUAUGCCCCUAUUUCUGCAUUAUGUGAAUGUUCCCAAACUGGACCCCGUUUAUCAAAAGCAUUGUUGCCAACCAGUUAGGAAAUUAGUAGGAUGCUAAUGGGAAACUGCAUUGCAAACAAGUGAGCUGCUAACUUAAUUAGCAACAAUGCUGUCAAGAAUUGCACCCCUGCCUGGUCCAGCUUGCCAUAGCUUAUGUGAGCCUAGCAUUUUUCCUUUAGCCUCUCUUAGCUGGACUGACCAGAUUUAACUGGGUGCAAAACAAAAAUGGGAAUUAGUCCUGACUAGCACACUGAACAUUGUAAUCACAUACAGUAGGCUUAUAUUGUUAAUUAUUAUUGUAAAUAUUGUUAUAUUGAUAACCUUUCAUGACUUAAAUACAAUAAUGUUAAGUGUCAUGUAUUAAUUCUGUUUGGUUGUCCAAUGAAAUGGACAAGCAAAUUGGAUUUUUUUUUAACUGACCACUACAGCCAAAUUUGGACUCUCCCCGACAAAUCAAGACGUGGUCAUGCUAGUUUUAUCCCAUAUUAGCCUCCCUUAUUUUAGUCUCUGCUAGCUCGCACUAGGCUAGCUCAUCCUGUUUUGGUCAAACAUAGCCUCCACUACCAUAGCCCACGUGCUAACAUAUAGGCCACAGUCAAAUUGAAAGGCGGCAGCUCGAUGACUCCCUCCCUACAUAAUCAGUUGUCUGAUCAGCUAUGACUUUCGUCGUGAGGGUAUUUGCAAAGGCAUUCAUAUAAAUGGCCCUAACCAGAGCGCUGUCCUGCGACGUCAGUACGUAUUUGACGUUAUGGCGAUGGCUGGAGUUACUUUCUUCACGUUAGCGCUUAGCUUACGUAGGCUAGUUGACUAGUGUAAGAGACAAACAGACGGUGAAAUCGUAAAAUAGGCUAUAAAUAGAUCUAGCAACAUCACAUUUCGAUACUACAAUGUUGAUUUCUUGCUUCAUUGUUUACAUCUAAGUAAUUAAGUGUCAGACUAAAGACAUUUUGGGUAGUUGGCAAUAGAAAGUAAGCAUCUGCCCUAUAAUAUGUCUGUCACGGCAACAAUUUCAGGAAACUGCCAAAGGAGGAAAUAAUUCAAUUAAUUCAUUCUUUUUUAUUUGGAAUGACACUUGAUGACUCUAGUUAGUUAGGCAACUGGAAGGACAGCAAUUUUUCCCAUUUCAACUGUGGCGAUAGUUCGCAGCAGGUGAAGUUAGCAUUCUUUUUCUUAGCUGCUUCCUGCCUAUCUUAUCUUAUCUUACCAUGUUUUAGCUAUCUGCCUGCAUGUAGGUUUGUGCUACUCUGUGAAGUGACAUAUGCAGGAACUACGUUGGCAGUACAGUUUAUGCAAGUGUUUUGGCAAUCUGAUUUGCUUGCUUGCCUGACCAUAGGCCUUGAUUGUCAGAUUACGGUGAUCCCCAACCCCACCACACACAGACGCACACAUACACAUGGACAUAUAUUGAAGUGUAGCAUUUGAGAGUUGAGCCUUCUGUUUAUGACUGUUAAUUUACAAUGAUGAAUUAAGUCGAACUACUGAAGUGAUUCCCAUGUUAUUAUUGUUGUUGUUCUUGUUCACAAAUAAGUUGCAAAGUUAUGAGUAAUGCAAUAAUGACAUAUUUCCAGAAUGCAUCAUUAGUGCCAUUAAGAGUGCCACUAAGCACAGGAAGUACUACAAUACCAUUCUCCAUCCUGCUAUGGUGCAAAGUUAGUGCUACACGUUCACCCUUCGCAGUGCCACUGAGCACAGGUAGUACUACAAGAGCAUUCUCCGCAGUGCUUUCAUGCACAGGUAGUGGUACAACGGGGGUAUUCCUCAAAAUUGGUUCAAUAGUAAACCAGGUGAAGUUACAUAAAUCAUGUAAUAGAAGAGCCUGUAGUCCUCUGUUUAUUUGCUGAAUGUUGCCUACAGGCUACCUAUUAGCAGAUUUACCACUUCCUGUUAGGUAACUUAGCAUGGUUUAUCUCUUAACUAUGUUCUUGGAAUAACCCCUGAUCACCCUCAUCAGUGUUAUCGGUGGGCAUGGGAACCCAGUGCCCUGCACAGGACUGGUAAUCUGACAUAGAGGGCAUUUGUCUGGUGCCCAGAUGUUUAUGCUGUUGUUUUUUUGUUUGUUUGUUUCUGUUUUUCUUAGGCACUGGCCCACAGUUUAGAGGGUGUGGCCCAUUGGUCCAUUUUCAUUAUAGACAGUCUACUGAGUCAAGCAGAAUAUAGUACAAAAAACGGCUUGUACUGUAUGUGUGAGGAGUCAGUUAAAGCUAAAAAUUCCAGUGUUAUUUUUUAUCCCAGUCCAGCCCUGGGCAUAGCCUCCCAUCUCUCCCACCUUUAAUACCUCAGUAGCUACAGUAUGGACUCAGUGGCAGGAGAGUUUCGCCGUCCUAUGUCAGAGGGAUGAACCAGACAUGAGUAGUUUUGCUCAGACAGACAUGGAGUUGUGUUUUUGCGUAAAAGUCGAUUGUGCGCUUUAUUUCGGUAUCUGCCAGUGUGUGGCUGAUGGAUGGUGAUAACUUGAAAGAGCAGGGCAGUGGAAGUCAGACUGUCAUUCAUAGGCAUGAACACUAGAUACCGUAUUGACCACUCCCUUGUAUUGGAACGAAUAGCUGUCAAAUCACCGCCAUGUUCAGCCGUAAUUUUGCUGCCAUCAAUUGGUGACAAGGUAAUACGCACCUUACCCUAUAGGUAGCCAACAUCUAUGAGAAAUAUCAUUAUACCUGACUAAGAUGGCGGUGCCCAGUGUUGGGCCACGCCAAAAUGCUGAACACGCCAUCUAGUCUUCAUAUCUAUGAUUCUCAUUGGUCACCAGUUUACACUUCCUUUUUCUCCUGUCUGGACUGCCUGUUUCCUCUUAAGACUUCCUGAAUCUGGGAGCGUCCUGGCCUCCUGGUGUUGGUGUGCAGAGUUGUGGAUAUCCUUUGUGGUUUUGGUGCCGUCCUGUUUCAGGUUUUCAGGGGUCGGCGGGCAAGUAAUUGAGUAGAGAAUUUGCUUUAGGCCAUCUCUGAUGCGGUCAGAGUUACGUACCUUACAUGUAUGCUUUGAUAUGGUUCUGCUGUAGGUUGAGCACGGAUCUGGGCGUGUCACGGUUCUAAGACGGUGGUUUUCUGGUUGGAACGUCCGUUGUUUGCAAUGUGGUUCUGUUGGUUGGAAUGUGGUUCUGUCGGUUAGAAUGUGGUUCUGCGCUGCGCCCUUUCUCUGACUGCAUGGAGUACUUUUAGUUGUCUUGCUAACUCCAUCUCACUGUCACUACAGUUCCAUAAUGAGACACUUAUACACACUUUACACAAUUGACACAAAUACCUAGUACUCACACACACACACGUGCACACACACAUACCCACACACUACAUAUACAUUUGAGAUAUGAAGGGAACAUUUGACAUAUGUCUUUCAGUGAGUUAUCCUCUUCCCUUGCUUUGAGGAAGAACCCAAGUUUCCGGUGGGUUGUGUGAUGUGUCCAAAGACAGGCGGUGUAGGCAAGACAUCUGCCCCAGGGACCGAUGUGCACACUGACGCUCACUCAAGCUGUAGCUUUGUAGGCAAACCCUUCAGAGAUUAAUGAUCAUGACAAGCUCAGUCACUGACCCAACAAUCCCCCCCCCCCCCCCCUGACCUCUUGACCUUUUGACCUUGAGCUCUUCACAUGGUCUCACACUCUUCUCAUAGGCGCCUCUGCAUAACGUGCACAGGAGUUUUCCAAACACAGUCUGGGGAAGGGGUGGGGGGGUGGUGGGGGGCGCGGUUAGUUUGUUUUCAUUCUUUCAUUAAGAUUUUAAAAAGGGAAAGAAAAUACUAUAAAGGAAUCAAAGUAUUCAAUCACUUUUCUACUCCUCUUUUCAAAAAACAGUGAAAUGGUAAAAAAAAAUCUAAAGAAAAAGUUGAAUUUGUAAAUACUUGGUGUACAGUCCGGGUCUGUACUCGUAAGUCUGUCCUUGGCGACAGAGUCUGUCUUGCUUCUAACGCACGCUACCAAUACAUUAAAAAGAAAAAAAAACUCUAUUUAGGCUGUAUGGUCCUUGAAAGCAAGUUUUAAACUUAAUCUAUGAUGUAUAUUCCUGUAACAUUGCAUUUUUAUCUGAGGAAUGAUGUUAUUAAAAAAUAUUGCAAAUAAA